AUGACGGAAGAUAAAAUCAAGGAAGAGUUAGUACUAGCAGACUUUCACAAAAAAAUCAAAGAGGCAUUUGAAGUGUUUGACCACGAGUCGAAUAAUACGGUGGAUGUGAGAGAAAUUGGAACAAUUAUCAGGUCAUUAGGGUGCUGCCCUAGUGAAGGAGAGAUACACGAUCUGCUGGCAGAGGUAGAAGAAGAAGAGCCCACUGGAUACAUUCGAUAUGAAAAGUUUCUUCCAGUGAUGACCAAAGUACUGCAGGAAAGAAGAUACAGACCAAUUCCAGAAGAUGUCCUUCUUGGAGCUUUUGAGGUUUUAGAUUCUGCCAAACGUGGGUUUCUUACUAAGGAAGAACUGGUCAAGUAUAUGACUGAAGAAGGCGAGCCUUUCUCUCAAGAAGAAAUGGAAGAAAUGUUGUCUGCUGCAAUUGAUCCAGGAUCAAAUUCAGUUAAUUAUAAGGAAUAUAUAACAAUGAUGGUGAUAGAUGAAAAUUAA